AUGGUCGAUAAACUAGACCCUAAUUAAAGCGUGAACACUGCACAGGCAGAUAUCAUAGAAAUCGGAGAGUAGGACCUAGAGUACCUCAAUCAGUAUUUGGCCUCCACUUGCUUUACACUGCUGAACGUAAACAAGGAUCUGUUUUACAAAGAGCUACAUGAUCCAAGCAACUAGGCAACUCUGAAGAAUUUCGCAGUAGAUAAAAAGCAAAGAGCUCUACUGAUUGCUAAGCUCGACAAAUCAAAAGUAAUCAUUGAUGCAGAUGGAAAAGCUCAGCAGACACCAACAUAGCAAAAGGAAUCAGAACAACUGAAUCCAGAUGGAGGAGCAACCGGAGACUUAGAUGAUCCUUUCAGACCUAUCGAACUAAGAUUCUCUUUAAAGGUGCAGUAUCUCGGAUAAACGGCUCACACAAUCGCUUUUUUAAAGAGAGAACAAUACCAGACUUUGGAAUUGAAGCCACAAGGAGAAACUGCAAGACACUUGUCCUCCUAGCUACAAAUUUUGAACCUUGGAUACAUCGGAGAAGAUUCCAACAUCUUUGAGCUUGCAUCUACCUAUGUGGAAUAUUCUUUACUCCCACUCUUCAAUACAUACAAGACUGGUCCUUCAAAUCAAGAUGAAAGAGGUAAAUCCACAUCUGGAUUGGAACUAGUACAAAAGAAUCUAUUGCAGCUAAAGGUUCAUUUGGUUCAAUGCCUUCAGAAUCUAGAUAUUCCAGAAAUUGAACUGAUGAUCGAUCCUGACAUUCAAACCAAGAGCGAACAAGCCAAAUAAUAGCAAAGAGAAAUGACGGAGGAAGACUUUGAAGAGAACAAAGGAGAAGCAUUCCUAAAUAGACUAAAGAAAUGCGUCGAUCAGUGGUACAGAGACAUCAGAAAGGUUACUCAGCUUCAGCAUGAUCCCACUACUGGAUCUGCCCUUCAAGAAAUUAAUUUCUGGUUAUCCCUAGAGAGAUCUUUGACUCAUAUCAAGGAGCAAUUAAACAAGCCUGAAGUUAAAAUCACUCUCAGUCUUCUGCAAUAGGCUAAGCAAAUUCAGACUGUAUUCACUUUCACUCAUGAUACCGAGCUUGAUAACAAGCUAAAAACUGCAUAAAGCUAUAACAAGGUAUUAAGAGAUUUCCCGAUUAACCAGCUUUUGUCCGCUAAUGAUUUAGAAUCGAUAUCAAAGGCUAUUGAAGCAAUAUUUGGAUAAUUGAAAAAGAUUAAAUAUCAGGAUUCAUAUCCUAUUUAAAGAGCAAUGCAAUUGAUUGAAGCUGUAUUUAGAGAUUUAAACAACUAGCUUUUGAAAGUGUUAUCGAAUUUCUAGAUUAUGCUUUUGGACCAUAACGAUUUUAAAAAGGAGAUAUCCCGCGAUGUCAAAUAGGUAUUUACUGUUUGGUAAGACAAUCUCAAACAGUUCAAAGAGCAAAUCAGACAACAGACUUCAAGAAUGAGAGAUAAGUCUGGUCUUCAAUUCUUGAAUCUUGAAAGAGGACCACUCAGAGAAAGAAUAGAGAACAUUAUCACAUUCAGACAUCACCAUCAGAAACUUAAGCAGAUUAUUUCCAAGACGUUGAACAAAGAUGGCUCAUCCAGCUCUUAGGAAUUAGGAUCAGGAUCUGGUUCAAGGAACUUUGAGGAGUAAGCUUUAAAUGAUAUUAAUGACGCUUAUUAAUUAUUCCUUAACAUUAAUGUCCUUGAUGUCACCAAAGAAGGUUAGGAAGUUUGGGACAUCACAAAGCGUAGCUACGAUAACAAAAUCGAUAAGGUUGAGUCUUAAAUCACAGCAGCUCUCAGAGAUAAACUUGCCUCAGCUGCUAACGCUAGUGAAAUGUUUAAAGUCUUUUCAGGUUUCAAUGCUCUUUUCUCUCGUCCAAGAAUAAAGGGUGCCAUUUAAGAAUAUCAAAAUCAACUCUUGUCUUAAGUCAAAAAAGAUAUUUAAGUUCUUAAGGAAAAAUUGCUUAGCGAAGGCGGAAGUGAAUAAAAUAAUACUCUCAGUCAAGUCAGAGAUUUCCCCAGUAUCUCCAAUAAGAUCACAUGGACUAAACAGAUUGAAAGAAAACUACACAUAUAUAUGGACAGAGUUAGAUCAGUUCUCGGUGAUGAGUGGGAUAAAUAUGUUGAAGGUAGAGAGCUUCAUCAACUCGGUGAGUCUUUCCAAUCGAAGCUUACUCAGAUACAAUAGCAUUACUAUGAUAGUUGGAUUACGGAUAUCCAAAACAUUAAUGUGCAAACCGAGAAGGAAAAAGUUAUCUUUGAAAUUGAACAUAGAAUGAAUAAGUACGAAAUGGUUCUCAACUUCAACUAAAAGCUAUUCUCUCUAUUUAAGGAACAAGCAAAUCUUAAAAGGCUUGGAUUUAAACCAACUCUCUCUAUCACUCUCAAAUCACAAGAAGUAUAGAACUUAUAUCCUAUUGCUACUAAUAUUCAAGAAAGCUUAAGAACUUUCUAAUACACCAAUUCUAAAGUCACUGAUAAGUUUGUAAAGCUUGUAGCUCAUGUAAAAAAUGAGGUAUAAAACUAACUCCUUGAAGGUCUACAAUUAGCUUGGAAACAAGAAGCAAGAGUAGAUUCAUUCAGUAAAAAACUAGCCAGCAAGGUCAUGGCCUUUGAAGAAGCUGUUUAAGAGGUAAUUGAAAAGACUACUUUGAUUGAUGAGUAUUUGAGCGAACUCGGUUAAUGUGAAUUAGACAAAGAAAAACUAUAGUCUAAGCUUCAUGCUAUUCAAAAGAUUGUUGAUGAGCUUAACUUCAAUGACUAUAGUAACUUGAAUAUCUGGGUAGAUGAACUUGAUCAGAGAAUUUAAGGCAUACUUACACAAAGACUAGAGGAGCUCAUUCAGAAUUGGAUCGGUGAAUUCAAUAAGUUCAUAGAAGUCGGUGGAAAAAUGAUUAAAGUCAAGACUGUUUUAGAGAUCAAAAUUUAGAGUCAGACAAUCAUAUUAGAUCCUCCCAUCUCUGAAGUCAGAUCAUUCUGGUAUAAAUAGUUCCAUGAUCAACUUGAGCUAAUCUGUGGUCUGUAAAAAGUAGAAGCUGCUCGUUAUGAGAGAUUCAGAGAAAGAGAACAAAAUAGCUAGAAGGACAAGACUUAUAGAAACCUCAUUCUAAGAAUGAGCUAAAAGGAGCUUAAUUAUGCCUAUUAAGUACUUGAAACCUAAGUCAGAGAUGCAGAGGAAUAUGCUAGAACAUGGAAGAGUUAUCAAUCACUUUGGGAUAUCGAAGCCUCAAAUGUAUAUGGCCAACUUGGAGAUAACAUUGAUAAGUGGCAUUAGUUGUUGAAUGAGAUUAGAUUAGGUCGUAAGACAUUUGACACUUCUGAGAAGACUAAGGCUUUUGGAGCAAUUAUAAUUUACUUUGGCCCUAUCUAAGAGAAAGUCAACAAUAAAUUCGAUUAAUGGCACAAGGAAAUCUUGAAUAAAUUUGGAAGCACUCUUGGUGACAACAUGAAAAAUUUCAAUUAAACCAUCCAAAAGGCUAGAAGAUAAUUAGAAACUUUGAGCAUUGAUGCUUCAGAUGAUGUUACAUUAUUUGUGACAGAGAUAAAAGAAAUGAUGAACCAAGUUAGACUAUGGUAAAGUGAAAUAGAUAAGUAUAAAUCUGGUUCUAAAUUGCUCAUUACAUAGCGCUAUCAAUUUACUCAUGACUGGUUAAGCAUUGAUUAAGUAGAAGGAGAGUGGAAUGCAUUUAAGCAAAUAUUGUCUAAGAAGUCUAAGAUUAUGGAUGACCAAAUUCCCACUUUACAAGGCAAAAUCUUAGAUGAAGAGAAAGUUGUAAACUAAAAAAUCAAGGAAAUUGAAGAGGAUUGGAAGAAUAAUAGACCUCAUUAAGGAAAUGUUACUCCGUCUAGAGCUCUAGACUUACUCUCCAUUAUUGGAAAGAAAAUCACAACAACUAAAGGUGAAUGGAUAAGAAUAUGCAAAGCUAAAGAGUUACUUGAUAUGGAAUUAGGAAAUCCUAGAAGACUUGACGAUCUAGAAGAGGAUCUAGGUGGCCUUAAGCAAGUCUGGGUUGAACUGAAUAAGGUUUGGAGUAUUGUUGAAGCUGUAAAUGAGACACCAUUCUCAGCUUAUGUAUCAAAGAAGGUUAAAGAAUAACUUGAUUCAGCAAUUGAACUCAUGCAAGAUUUCCCAAAUAGAAUCAGAUAGUAUGAAGUUUAUGAACAGUACAAAAAGAUCAUCCAAAAUUACAGAAAAGUAAAUCUUACUUUAGCUGAGUUGAAAUCAGAAGCAAUGAAGCCAAGACAUUGGAAGGAUCUUUUACAAAAGCUCAGAAUCAAGAUUAGCUUCAAUGACCUCACUCUAAAUCAUCUAUGGCAGGCAGAUUUGAUUAAGUGUCAGAAGGAGGUAGCUGAGGUCUUAAAUUAAUCCAGAGGAGAAAUGAUCUUAGAGGAGUUCUUGAGAGGUAUCAAAGAGACUUGGGCUAAAUACGAACUUGAGCUUAUUAGAUAUCAAAAUAAAUGCAAACUCAUCAGAGGAUGGGAUGAAUUGUUCCAAUAAAUUGAUGAGCAUAUUAACAACGUAUAGUCAAUGAAGAUGUCACCAUACUACAAAGUAUUUGAGGAGGAAAUCUUACCAUGGGAUGAUAAGCUUUAAAAGAUCAGAAUUAUCUUUGAUAACUGGAUUGAUGUCCAACGUAGAUAUGUGUAUCUUGAAGGUAUUUUCUUCGGAUCAGCAGAUAUCAAGACUAUGCUUUCAGCAGAAUUCAACAGAUUCAGAAGUAUUGACUAAGAAUUCACUACCUUAAUGAAAAAGGUAGCUUCAAAGCCAAUUGUGCUUGAAAUUCUAUCGAUUUAAGGAUUGUAAAAGACACUAGAAAGAUUCUCGGAUAUGCUAUCAAAGAUUCAAAAAGCCCUGGGAGAUUAUCUGGAGACUCAAAGAUCAAACUUUGCUCGUUUCUAUUUCGUUGGAGAUGAAGAUCUUUUAGAAAUCAUUGGUAACUCUAAAGAAAUCAAGAUGGUAUAAAGACAUUUCCCUAAGAUGUUUGCUGGUAUCACCACUAUGAAUUUUGAGAAUGAAGGAGACCAUUUAAUUGGUAUGUACAGCAGAGAAGGAGAAUAUGUUCCCUAUAGCAACAAAGUAGUCAUUAGUGAAGAUCCUACAAUCUAUGUUUGGCUUACAAAGAUCGAACAGUAAAUGCAAAUUUCUCUAGCUCAUCAUCUUGAGAAUUCAGUUUAGGCAUUAGAGAUUUUGGAUAGAGCUGAACAGCAAGAGGAGUUCAAUGCAUGGAUCUAAAAGUAUCCAGCUUAAAUUGUCAUCUUAUCUAUGCAAGUAUCAUGGUCCAACAAAGUCGAGGAAUCUCUGGACAAGAAGAAAGGAUUGAGUCUAGUGCUGAUUGAGGAGCAAAUUAAAUUAACUUUGGAAAUGCUUGCUGAAAGAGUGCUUACUGAUCUUAAGAAAGAUAUUAGACAGAAAUAUGAGCAGCUUAUCACAGAUCUUGUGCAUCAAAGAGAAGUAACCAGAUAGUUGAUGAAUGAGAAAGUAUCAUCAGUCUCAGACUUCGUUUGGCUCUAUCACAUGAGAUUCUACUGGAAGCCAAAGGAAAAGGAAGCCUUGAAUAAACUACAAAUCCAAAUGGCUAACUCUAAUUUCUACUAUGGAUUCGAAUAUUUGGGAGUAGGUGAAAAGCUUGUUCAGACUCCACUUACUGAUAGAUGCUAUUUAACUUUGACACAAGCACUUCAUUGGAGACUAGGAGGUUCUCCAUUUGGACCAGCAGGUACUGGAAAGACUGAAUCUGUUAAGGCCCUUGGUUCACAACUUGGAAGAUUCGUCCUAGUUUUCAAUUGUGAUGAGACUUUUGAUGGCAAUGCUAUGAGUAGAAUUUUCGUUGGUCUUUGUCAAGUCGGUGCUUGGGGAUGUUUCGAUGAGUUCAACAGACUUGAGGAGCGUAUGCUUUCUGCCGUAUCCCAAUCAAUCUUGAUUAUUCAGAUGGGACUUAAAGAAGGUUCAAGUAAAAUUGAACUAAUGGGGAAGGAUGUUAAGCUAAAUCAAGCUAUGGGUAUCUUCAUUACAAUGAAUCCUGGAUAUGCUGGCAGAAGCAACCUACCGGACAACUUAAAGCAACUCUUUAGACAAAUUGCUAUGGUUAUGCCAGAUAAGGAAAUGAUUGCAAGAGUUAUGCUCUAUUCUUAAGGUUUCAAGACUGCUGAGAAGCUGAGUGGAAAAAUCGUUUCACUCUUUGAUCUCUGUGCCAACUAGCUUUCCUCACAAUCUCAUUAUGACUUCGGUCUAAGAGCCUUGAAGUCUGUGCUUGUUUCAGCUGGUAAUUUGAAGAGAGCAGAGAAGGCAAAACUAAAAGAUAACUCUGAAAUUACUGUUGAAUGGGAGACAAAUAUUCUAAUCAAGUCACUUUGUGAUACCUUAGUUCCAAAACUUAUUGCUGAAGAUAUUCCACUCUUAUCUUCACUUCUCUCAGGUGUAUUCCCUGGCUCUACAAUUAUUCAAAUUAGAGAGGAUAAGCUUAUUGAUCAAAUUGAGAAACUAUCAAGCAAGUAUAAUUUGAUAACAAAGGGUCCAUUCAUUGAAAAAGUCUUGCAGCUCUUUUAAAUUUCCAACCUACAUCAUGGAGUUAUGAUGGUCGGUCCAACUGGUUGUGGUAAAUCAGCUGCUUGGAAGAUUCUCUUAGAAGCUCUAGAAAGAAUAGACGGAAUUAAAGGAGAGUCCUAUAUUGUGGAUCCUAAAGCUAUUAGCAAGGAUGAUUUGUAUGGUAAACUAGAUUCAACUACUGCUGAAUGGACAGAUGGUGUUUUCACUCUAAUUUUGAGAAGAAUCAUUGAUAAUGUAAGAGGAGAAUCUAGCAAGAGACAUUGGAUUAUAUUCGAUGGUGAUGUCGAUCCAGAAUGGGCUGAAAACUUAAACUCAGUCUUGGAUGAUAACAAGCUACUCACAUUACCAUCUGGAGAGAGACUCUCAAUUCCACCUAAUGUUAGAAUAAUGUUCGAAGUAGAGACUUUGAAACACGCUACCUUAGCUACAGUUUCAAGAUGCGGUAUGGUCUGGUUCUCAGAGGAAACUGUUACUAUCAAUAUGAUCUAUAGUCAUUAUCUAAGCAGACUUACUCAAGAUUUCUAUGAUAGCUUAGGUGAAGAUACUGAUAAAGAGAAGAAAAAUUCUGAAGGAUAGAACAACUAAAAUGAAAUGAUUCAAUAACAAAGUGCUGACACUCUAUACAUGAGAAAUGUUAGAAAGAGAUGUGUUGAAAGCAUAAAACCUCUCUUUGAGGAGGAUGGUUUCAUGACCAAGACUCUUGACUAUGCUCAAUCUCUUCCUCACAUUAUGGAGUUCACUAGAAUUAGAUGCUUAGAGUCAACAUUCGCCCUGAUUAGAAAAGGUAUUUCGAAUGUACUAGAUUAUAAUGAAGCUCAUCAGGACUUCCACUUAAAUGAUCAGCAAAUUGAAGCAUACAUGCUCAAGUUUGUAGUAUUUGCUUGUAUUUGGGGAGUUGGAGGUUCAAUGAACCUAUUUACAAGAACCAAUUUUGGAAAUAAACUUGGCGAACUCACUAGUGUUCCAAUGCCAUCCAUUUAAUAAUAUCCUUUGAUUGACUAUGAGAUUAAGCUUGAAGACCAAUAAUGGCAUUUAUGGAAAAAGAAGGUUCCAAACAUUGAAAUAGAGCCAACCAAGGUUAUAGAAGCUGAUGUAGUUAUCACCACUGUUGAUACAACAAGACAUCAAGAAGUGCUUUGUUCUUGGAUUAGUGAGCAUAGACCAUUUUUGCUAUGCGGUCCACCAGGUUCAGGUAAAACUAUGACUUUAAUGGCAACUUUGAAGAUGCUUACUGACUUCGAAAUGAUUUUCAUCAAUUUCUCAUCUAGUACUCUUCCAGAGCUGAUUCUUAAGACUUUCGAUCACUAUUGUGAAUACAAAAAGACGCCAUCUGGAAUGAUACUAAGACCUCAUCAACCAAACAAAUGGCUUGUCGUGUUCUGUGAUGAAAUCAACUUGCCUGACACAGAUAAGUAUGGAACUUAAACUGUUAUUACCUUCUUGAGACAAAUUACUGAGUAAAAUGGAUUCUGGAGAUCACAUGAUAAACAAUUCGUUAAAUUAGAGAGAAUUCAAUUUGUUGGUGCUUGCAAUCCUCCAACUGAUGCAGGUAGACAUCCUCUCUCUGAUAGGUUUUUGAGACAUUGUCCUCUCAUAUUUGUAGAUUUCCCAGGUCCAGAGUCACUCAAGCAAAUUUAUGGAACCUUUAACAGAGCAAUGCUUAAGAAAGUUCCUUCAUUAAGAAAUUAUGCUGAGCCCCUCACUGAAGCUAUGGUUGAAUUCUAUACCAAGUCCCAACAGCACUUUACAUCAGACAUGCAGGCUCAUUAUAUCUAUUCUCCCAGAGAACUGACCAGAUGGAAAUAUGCCAUUUAUGAAGCACUUGAAUCCUUAGAUACCCCAGAGGAUCUAGUCAGAUUAUAUGUUCAUGAAGGUUUAAGACUGUUUGAGGACAGACUUGUGUUCAAUGAAGAAAAAGAUUGGUGUAACAAAGCAAUUGAUGGUGUAGCUCAAAGAAACUUCCCUUAGGUUGAUACUUCAAGAGCACUAGAGAGACCAAUUCUAUUCACUAAUUAUCUAAACAAGAACUACAUCUCUGUAAAGCAGGAAGAACUUAAGAAAUUCAUCGAGGCAAGAUUGGUUACCUUCUAUGAGGAAGAAUUGAAUGUGCCUCUUGUCGUGUUCGAUUCAGUUCUAGAUCAUAUCCUCAGAAUUGAUCGUGUACUCAGACAGCCAUUAGGACAUUUACUUUUGGUUGGAGCAUCAGGAGUUGGUAAGACUACAUUGAGUAGAUUCGUUUCUUGGAUGAACAAUCUCUAGGUCUUCUAAAUCAAAGCUGGAAGAAACUACUCUGUAGAAGAUUUUGAUGCUGAUUUAAGAACAGUGAUGAAGAGAGCUGGUUGUAAGAUGGAAAAGAUUUGCUUUAUCUUUGAUGAAAGUAAUGUCUUAUCAACAGCAUUCUUGGAGAGAAUGAAUGCUUUACUAGCCAGUGGUGAAGUCCCAGGUCUUUUCGAUGGUGAGGAGUAUAUGGCAUUAAUCAACUCAUGUAAAGAAGCAGCCCUAAAGGAUGGAAAAAUCAUUGAUACUGAAGAAGAACUCUACAAGCAUUUCACUUUUAAUGUACAAAGAAAUCUUCACGUUGUUUUCACAAUGAAUCCAUCAAAUCCAGAUUUCAGCAACAGAACUGCUAGUUCUCCUGCCUUGUUCAAUAGAUGUGUUAUCGAUUGGUUCGGAGAGUGGUCAAGUGAUGGACUAUUGUAAGUAGCCAAAGAAUUCACAAAAUCCUUAGAUAUCCUUCCAGAAAGUUUCACUAAGCCAAUGGAAGUAAUCUAGAGAGCUAACCCAGAGGAUGGAAAAAUCUAAAUCUACGACCCCAAGCACGAAGCUCUAUGCUAAGUCAUAGUAGAAAUUCAUAACACAGUUAAGGAGGUAAACUUAAGACUCAUGAAAUCAGCAAAGAAGUUCAAUUAUAUCACUCCAAGAGAUUUCCUAGAUUUGAUUAAGCACUUCGUUGAGUUACUUCAUGAAAAGAAGGAAGAGCUAGAAGAGUAACAAUAUCACUUAAACGUCGGUCUAGAUAAACUGAAGCAGACUGAAGGUGCAGUCAUUGAUCUUCAAGGGCAACUUAGCGUCUAUGAGAAAGAUCUCAUGCAAAAAGAAAAAGCUGCCAAUGAAAAGCUUAAGCUUAUGGUUCAUGAACAAAAAGAAGCUGAGACUAAGAGGGAGUUGUCUAUUAAGACUUAAAAGGAGCUUGAACUUAAAUCUGCCCAGAUUGCUAUUAGACAAGAAGAGGUCAAGAGAGAUCUUGGAAAAGCCGAGCCUGCUCUUAUUGCAGCCUAAGAUAGUGUGUCAGGUAUUCAAAGAAAGAAUCUUGAUGAGCUCAGGGCUCUAGCAAGUCCUCCAUAGGGUGUCAGACUAGCUUUAGAGCCAGUCGUAGCCUUGGUCAGUGGUAACCCCAAGAAACCAGAGUGGGCUGAAAUAAAGGAGUGGCUCAGAAAGCCAACAUUCAUUCAAACUAUUAUGUCAUUUGAUAAGGAUUCCAUCACUCCAGUUAUCAAGAGAUUCAUUAAGACUAAUUAUCUUGACAAGAAAGAUGAAUUCGUUGUCGAAAAGAUAUUCAAAGCAUCUUAAGCAGCUGGUCCAUUGGCCCUUUGGGUUUAGAGUUUGGUUGAAUAUGCAGAGAUUUUCGAUAAGAUCUAGCCCCUUAGAAAUGAGGUUGCUGAACUUGAGAGAGAACACAACAGCAUGAAGAAUGAGAUGAUAAAGCUAGAAAACUUGGUGAAGUAACUAGAGCAAAACAUUGAGCAAUAUAAGGUUGAUUAUGGUCAGCUUAUCGGAGAAGUUUAAAGCAUCAAGAAUGAAAUGAAUAAGGUACAAGACAAAGUUAAGAGAUCACAAUAAUUGAUUCAAAAUCUUAGUUCAGAAAGAAUUCGUUGGGAGUAGUCCUCUAAGAACUUUAAGGAUCAGAUGUCUUGCCUAGUCGGUGAUGUAUUGCUUUCCUCUGCAUUCCUUACAUAUAUUGGUUUCUUCGACCAUUACUACAGAAACUUCCUCUAAAUCGAAUGGAAAUUCUUUGCUGAAAAGAUCGGUCUAAGAUAUAGAAAUGACAUCAGCUAUGUAGAAUUCCUUUCAAAGCCAACUGAUAGAUUAAUGUGGCAAACUCAAGAGCUACCCAAUGAUGAGUUGUGUAUUGAGAAUGCUAUCAUCUUGAAGAGAUUCAAUAGAUAUCCUCUGAUCAUUGAUCCUAGUGACUAAGCUCUGAAAUUCAUAAUCAACCAUUAUGCUGAUAAGAAGAUUCAGAAGACUAGUUUCGCUGAUGAUUCUUUCAUGAAGAACCUAGAAACUGCAAUCAGAUUUGGUCUGCCAUUGCUAGUUCAAGACGUGGAAAGGAUUGACCCUGUACUUAACUCUGUAUUGAAUAAGGAAGUUCAUAAAGCAGGAGGUCGUGUCCUUAUCAGAGUUGGUGAUCAAGAAAUUGAUUUCUCUCAGACAUUCGUGAUGUUUAUGAUCACCAGAAAUCCCAACGCAGUAUUCACCCCAGAUUUGUGCUCUAGAGUCACAUUCGUCAACUUCACUGUUACUCCAUCCUCACUCUAAAACUAAUGCUUGAACAUUUAUAUGAAGAAUGAGAGAGAAGAAAUUGAUAAAAAGAGAAAUGACUUGCUUAAGUUGCAAGGCGAAUGUAAAGUCAAGCUAAGAGAAUUGGAAGAUUCUCUUUUAGAUGCUCUUAACAAAUCAGAGGGAAAUAUUCUAGACAACAAUGCUCUUAUUAACACUCUUGAGACACUUAAGAGGGAAGCUGCUGAAAUAGCCGCUGAAGUAGAAAAAACAGAUGACACCAUGAAGGAAAUUGAGAUAGUUUCAAAUUAGUAUCAGCCACUCUCCAACAUGUCAUCAAGAAUUUUCUUCACUCUAGACAGCAUGUCAAAUAUUAGCUUCUUGUAUCAAUACUCACUUCAGCACUUUAUGGAAUACAUCUUUACUGUUCUACACACAAAUGAAGAACUUUAGAAGAUGACAAAGCAAAACCCUGAGGGAAGACUCAAAAUUAUAACCAGAGAACUCUUCACAUAUGUGUAUUUGAAGAUAUCGCAAGGACUUUAGUUAGAACACUAGGUAUUAUUUGCAGUGAGACUUGCUUAGAUAAGACUAGGAGGAGAUUAAUCUUUUGAUCAAAUCUUUGAAAUAUUGUUAAAAUCCUCAACUCUAUUUGAAACAAAGCUACCAGAUAGUUUCUGUGGUGGUAAACUAUCAAAGACUCAGUUGAAGACUAUGGAAGAACUCAGCUCAACCAAGUAAUUUGCAUUGAUCCUUGAGCACAUUGAAAUGAAUGAAGACAAAUGGAUGUUCUUUAUGGAUCAUCCAAAUGCUGAGUAAUAGAUUCCAGACUAGAUGGGAUCAGAUGGUUCAGAGAGUGAAACUAUCAAAGAUAUGAAGAGAUUGAUUCUUCUAAAGAUAUUAAGACCCGACAGAUUCAUGGCUGCAGCUAGACUAUUCGUUGCAAAGGUGUUGGGUGAACAAAUCUUCAAUGUUGGUGAACUUGACCUCAUGAGAAUAGUAGAUAAAGAGUCACAUGCUAAGUCACCACUACUCUUAUGUUCAGCUCCUGGUUUUGAUGCUUCAUAUAGAGUUGAUUAAUUGGCUAAACAGGCAAACAAGAAAUACACAUCUGUUGCUAUUGGAUCACCAGAAGCCUUUGGAUUAGUAGAUAAAGCAAUCAAAGCUGCAAGCAAGACAGGCUCCUGGGUACUUUUGAAAAAUGUUCAUUUAGCUCCUCAAUGGCUUAUUGAACUUGAAAAGGAAAUCUACAAGCUUUAGCUUCAUCCUUAAUUUAGAUUAUUCCUCACAAUGGAAGUCAAUCCAAAAGUGCCAACAACUUUAUUGAGAGCAUCUCAUGUAUUCGUAUUUGAACCACCCUCUGGAAUUAAAGCUGCUCUCCUUAGAUCAUACACAUCAACAAUCACUGAAUCAAGAUCAAACAAAAUCCCAGUUGAGAGAUCUCGUCUUCAUUUCUUGGUAGCAUGGUUCAAUGCUGUCGUUUAAGAGCGUCUCAGAUACACACCAAUUGGUUGGAGUAAAUUCUACGAGUUCAAUGAGAGCGAUUAAAGAUGUGCCUUAGAGUGUGUUGAUGAAUGGAUAGAUCAAAUGGGAAAAGAUAGACAAAACAUAGACCCAGAUAAGAUCCCAUGGGAUGCCCUUAGAACGCUUAUCGGACAAUCAGUUUUCGGUGGUAAAAUUGAUAAUGCAUUCGAUAACAAGAUCUUAAAUUCUUUGGUCAACCAGUUCUUCAGACCAGAGAGCUUCAACUUCGAGUUCCCACUAUUCAAUGCACCAGCAGAAUCAGAUGAGCAAGUACUAAAGGUGCCAGAUGUGAAGAAUUACAAGGGAUUCUUCCAAUGGAUAAAGGAUCUACCUGCAGUUGAAAGUCCUUCUUGGAGUGGACUUCCUCUAAAUGUAGAGAAACUAGUUAGAGAAAGACAAACUAAUCAAUUGAUUGGAAACAUGAAACUGCUUUAAGGUACAGGAGAUGAUGUUAUCUCUGCUGCAGACGAUGCUAAGUAAGGAGAAAGUGAUAGCAAAGCCGCAUGGCUAGUCAAGCUGUAGACAAAGAUUGAUAAACUUCUUAAGGCUCUACCUGCUCAGCUUCCUCUGCUACUAAGAACUAGUGCUUCCAUCACUAAUCCACUAUUCAGAUUCUUGGAGCGUGAAGUUACAGUAGCGUCAUCACUUUUAGAUGCUGUGAAAGCAGAUCUUCUAUUGCUCAGAGAGAUGUGUGCUGGUGAAAGAAAAUCAACCAAUGUAUUGAAACAACUUGCGGAAGAGUUACACUCAGACGUAAUUCCAAAGAAAUGGAGAAAGUAUAAUGUUGCUAAUAUCUCAGCAACUGAAUGGAUUGAUGAUUUCAAAAAGAGAAUAGAUCAGCUUUCAAAGCUUUCAAAUUCAACUGACUUUGGUAAGAAAGGACUUUGGUUCGGUGGAUUACUUUUCCCUGAAGCUUACCUUACAGCUAUUAGACAGAGUGUCGCUUAAGAGAACAAAUGGAGUUUGGAAGAACUAGAGCUUAAAUUUGAACUAAAUCCAUCAGAGGAGUAUAUUCAGAAGAAUCCACUUGGAUUCAUUGUUGAAGGGCUAUCUGUUGAAGGUGCUUAGUAUUCCAAACAAGAGGAUAGAAUCAGACUUUCAGAAUCAUUACAAGCUUACAUGCCUAAAGCUAACCUUAAAUGGGUUAAUAAGAACAAGCUAAAUGAUGAGGAUCAGCCUAUAGAAGGAAUGGAGUACAUCUAAAUUCCUGUCUAUCUAAACAAGCAAAGAUCUAAUUUGCUUUUCUCAGUCAAAAUACCUACCCAUGGAGUACCAUCCUAUGUUUGGUACCAGAGAGGUGUGGCUCUUUUCGGCUGGAACAAGGAAUGA